GGGCGCUACAUUCCAGACGUUCAGACUAUAGGAAUGAAUGCAUGAGGACUUCAACUUGAACUUUUACAUAACCUAACCCACAACCACUGCCUACCUUUCUACGCACUGGGUCUGUUGUUAAGUGCCUUUUAAAAGCGGGACACCUCGCAAUGCGCCAGCUGACUACAGAGGAUCUGAAGACCCUGGAAGUAGAUCUUAAAAACUACUUUCCACAGUCGCUGCAGGUAUAUGGACUCAUUGUCCAACUCAACAGGAAUGUACAGAGAGCUGAUCCUGUUAGUGUGCUUGUUGACCAGUGGCCAGAGUUCAGAGUUUUACUUGUUAAACCAGAGUUCCGUGAGAAGGGAGACCUUUUCAAAGACUUGACUGUGUUUUCAAAAAACGAUGUCUACCUCCGAGACCUGCUGGCACAUUCAGAUGUCAUUGAUUGGAAGAUGUUUAUUUGCUUGGCCGCUGAGCUGCAUCAUGAGAAGAUGCUGGAAGCCGUGGCAAUAAACAGAGGUGUACCUAUGAAGAAAGAAGCUGUGUGCUACAUGUUGGUUCUUCGAGAUCCAUCAAAACUCUUACACGUUGAUAGUAAUUUUAAACAAUAUUGUUUUUUACUAAAUCUUUUUUCUCCUUCCAGGCACUUAGAAAAAUAUGAUGAAGUGUUUGAAAAGCUUAGAAAAUUGGAGGACAGGGUGGCAUCAGAUCAGGAGCUAAAGCUGACAGAAUUGUUGAGAUACUACACAAGGGACAUCCAGGCUGCCAAGGACCUGUUGUAUAGACGUGCACGGGCACUUGCAGAUAACGAGAACUCCAAUAAAGCUCUUGACAAGGCUCGUCUGAAGGGUAAGGACAUCGCACAGGCUGAGGAAAACCAGAAGCAGUGUCUGCAGAAGUUUGACAAGCUCUCCGAGUCUGGCAAGAAAGAGCUCACCAGCUUCAAGGCGAGGCGUGUAGUAGCCUUCCGUAAGAAUUUGAUCGAGAUGACUGAGCUGGAAAUAAAACAUGCCAAG